AUGAGAGAAAUUCAAGGAGACUACCUUCCGCCACAGCCACCGCCACCGGCACCGCCACCACCGUCUCACCCUCCAAAAUCAAACCUGCCCAUGUUAUACUACGGCCUAGUGGUGGUGGGCACGGCGGCUUUAGUUCUUGUGAUAUAUAAUCUUAUCAUAAUAAAGUGGUGCACGCGUCGUCAAAGCCGGUCAGAGCAGACACCUAACCGGUAUAUAGAAGCUACAACGGCAAGUCAGAGUUUUGAAAACAUAAACAGGAACUUCUUGUCGAGUUUCAAGUAUAAGAAGGAUAUAAAUAUCAACAUGGGAGGUGAAGAGGAAGGUGGGGAGUAUGAAUGCCCAGUUUGUUUAUCAAUAUUUGAAGAAGGAGAGGAGGUGAGACAACUGCCAAGAUGCAAACAUUCAUUUCAUGCACCUUGUAUAGAUAUGUGGCUUUAUUCUCACUUCGAUUGCCCACUUUGCCGUGCUCCGGUGGAGCUGCGCUACAAUCAUCGGCAUACGAUGUCAGAUACACCAGAGCAUUCAAGGGAAGGUUUGCUCUAG